AUGGAGCCCAACAAGAGGCCGGAUAUCAUAGUGGCGGUGGACCUCGGAACGACUUUCACAGGCAACAAUGCCCUUCAGAGUCCCAUACAAGUCAUCUACAACUGGCCAGGGUGCUCAACAAGGAACGAACAGAAGGUACACACAUGUCUAGUCUACGGCAAGGACGAGAGGCCGACAUCCUGGGGCUUCGUCUGCGAGGACGACGAUGAUUUUGAAAUGAGACGGAGAGAAUUCUUCAAGAUCUUCCUCGACAAGAUGAACCUCCUAGAAGCGCAGAUCAAGGGCCUCCAGGGCGCACCGGAGUCUGUCGCUCAAGCCCAGAAGUUCGUCACUGACUAUCUCGGCGGAGUCUACGUUCACGUCAAGUCCACGAUAGAGCACCAAACAGGUAUUGGACCCUUCACGGGGUGGAAAGACCUUGCCGUCGAGUUCCUCUUCAGCGUGCCGACGACGUGGCGCAGUUUCGAAAUAAUCAACACUUUCAAGGAGGCCAUCAGGAACGCGGGCUUCGGUACCGAAGGGCCCAGGCAUUUUUCCACCGUGGACCUGACAGAGUCAGAAGCCGCCGCGGUGGCUACGAUCAAGUCAACGGCAAUCAGCUUCGAGAAGGACGACAUCUUCCUGUCGGUAGAUGCUGGAGGGGGCACGACUGACUUCGCCCUGAUGCAGGUGGUGGAGACCAGGGAGCCGUUCCCGACGCUGAAGCAGCUGACGCAAGUCGAUGGCGUGGGGAUCGGCUCAACCCUGAUAGACCGUGCUUUUCUUGACCUGGUCGAGGACAGGGUGUUUCCGUUCUCCGAACUGGUCGAACAGCUACCACCGGACUGCAUCGAGAAGCUGGUCCGGAGUGACAAAUUCAGGACGGCGAAGCAUAAGUUUGGAGAACGCGUGUACAACGCGGCAGUGUACAAACUGCCAAUGGAGGGUGUUGGGGAAGACAUGCAGUCAAUAUUUGACCCACACAUCAACAGUAUGCUCAAGAAGAUCAGGGAGCAGCUCGACUUUGUCCAACUAAAGGCCUUCGGCAAUCCCCAAGUUCGAUUUUUGAUACUUUCUGGCGGGCUCGGGAGCUCUGCAUACGUGCGGGACCGCCUACAGCAGGAGCUCUCACUCAAUCCCCACCCCAACGCAGCAAACAUCAAGAUCGUACAGGCGCAUGACCCCCAACUGGUCGUGGUGAAGGGCUUGAUUCUUGACCGGCUGCAAAAGCUCGAGAGCGGCGACAGGCCUGUGCUUGCCACGCGGAAGGCGAGAGCAAGCUAUGGGGUGAUGUGCAAGAUGAAGUACAACCCGGAGAUCCACUUCCAGGAGGAGCUCAAAACAGAUCCGCUGGAUGGCCAAUUAUACGCCAUGAGCCAGAUAGACUGGCUCAUUAGGAAAGGUGACGAUAUCGAUCCGAACGUGCCGAUAAUAUCGACCUUUAGCCAAAAGAUAGCAAAGGGAAGCGCUAUACGGCAUUGGGACUCCGUCAUAGUUAUAUCUCACAGCGAAAGGGAAUUCCUCCCAGUCAGCAUGAAAGAUUCCGGCGCGAAACAGCUUUGCACAGUAAGGUCCGAUCUCUCGGGGGUACGGGACAGCGAGCUGGAACCGAUGAGGCAGAAGAAGUCGCGCGGCCUGUUCUCGCGCAGCGCGCGGUGGUACAACUGCACGUACGAGGUCAGGGCGCUGGUCGGUGCCGCGGACCUGACCUUUCAGCUGUGGUUCAACGGGCAGCGCUUCUCCAAGAAUCACUCGCCCAUCCGGGUCACGUGGGACGAGGAGGGCGCCGCGGCGCAGGCUGGAGUGGUGGGAGGAGGGGGAGAAGACGGAGCAGUGGCAGCCGGAGGGCUGGAUUCGGCCCAGAGCCGCGGCGCCGUGGCCGACACGGGCAGCGUAAGCGGCAGCAGCCCGGUCGGCUCCGUCUCGGGUGUCAGUGCGCUGCCCAGCGAUGUUGCUAGUCAUACUAGCACUUCAUCACUCGGGUCUUUGGAGCUGGCAAGGCCGGAAUUUCGUGCCAUUGUGGAGCAAUUUUGA